UGAAGAGAAAAACUGUGGGUGUAAACAUAGAGCUCAUUUCUUGUUUUAUGAUUACUGGAAGGCAUGGGUGGGUUGGUCUCUGUCAGUGUUAAUGUCGUUUCACCUGACUUCAACUGUUUAGCUGUUAUUAAUAAACGAGCCGUUUUGUCACGCCGUCCACAAACACUCUUGCAACAUCGUGGCGCUGCGUGCGGCAGGGUGAGUCAGGCCGGAGAGAAACAGGAACUAAGAGCAGAUUUCACCCUCCUUCCUAUCGAACGUCUUCACAAUGACACAGCCAUGGAUCUGAAGCGUCUUCUCUUCAUCUACAGCUUCAUCAGACUCUCAGGUGCUGAGGACAGCGCUUCGGUCAGGCAGGUUCCUGCUCAGAGAGGACAGUCUGCCAUCAUUCCUUGUUCAUAUAAUCAGAAAUACGCUUUUUCAUGCAAAUACGUGAGCGCUGGACACUUUUGGCUGUUGAGUGAUUAUGCGGCGCUCUCCGAACGGAAAGCUAUAUUUAUCUCAGAUGACCCAUCACGUCACGUCUUCUCCAUCCGCAGGAAUAAAGUCCAGGUGUCUUCCUAUUACUGGUGUGCCGUUCAUAUUCCUUCAGCUUUUGAUAAACGGGCAACUUUUUUCAUAAACGUCACAGCAGAGUCUCCAAGACUUCACGUGAGCUCUCAGAAUGUGACGGCACCUGUGAACGGCAGUGUUACCAUCACCUGCUACCAUCGGGGCCAAAGUGGUGUAAAGUGGUGUAAGUUUGGAUGUCCGUGUAUUACCAGAGCGUCCGGGACGUCAGACGGAGCCUCGGUUGAGAUCAGAUACGGUCUGAGAAACACGACUGUGAUCAUGAGCCGACUGAAGAAGAAGAACAUGGGAUGGUACUGGUGCUCAGCUGAAGAUCAGCAGAUGCCUGUUCACGUCACUGUCGAUCAGAAUAAGAGCGAUAACAGUCCAGUUACUACAGAGUCUGAUCAGAUCUUAUCCAGCGCUCGAAAAAGGACGGCUGUCCUCUUUCUGUUGUCUGUGAUUCUGGAGAUUCUCCUGAUGAUAAUAAUUUACUUGGCACUGAAACUGUUUAAGUUUUGCAAAAAAAGAUUCCUGCGGUCUGAGGAUGAAGAAGAAGAGGGUCAGUAUGUGAUGAUGCACCGGAGUCAGACGUCUCGUUCGUAUGGCUGUGCUGCUGCUGAGGGAACGUAUGAAAAUAUGGCUGAACUCAAAACAAACACUGAGAUACCUGAGUCCAGUCAUAAACCCGUCGAUCAGACUUUGGUCAAAAAAAGGGAUUCAUCAGAUGUGUGUCUGAGAGAACCGCUGUAUGUGAACAUCAUGAAGAAGUGACUUGACUCCAUCAUCUCACCCAGACCUGACUGCUGUGUUUAAGAGUCUGCUCUUUUCUUCUUAUUACUGUUCAGUUUGUUGUAAUGUGAGCGAUUCAGGGUUUUAAAGCUUCUCAGAACAUCUCUGCAGUUUAUUACAACACCUUCAUUUAUAAACCAGGGUCAUGGGUUUGUUUCUGUGGGAAUGAACGGACUUGAAUUCAGUGUAAGUCCUUCUUGUUCGGCGUUUAGUGAGGUCAGAGAGGUCAGAGAGGUCAGAGAGGUCAGAGAGGUCAGAGAGGUCAGAGAGGUCAGAGAGGUCAGAGAGGUCCGCUCCUUCAUAUGUUCUUCAAUCCUGGAUGAUUUCAGACUGCAGUAAAAAGCUUCCAUGUUUGACUUUUGUUCCAAUCGUUCAGUUUUUGUCUUACCUUGAGUAGAUAUGAUAAUAUCAUCACUGUAAACACAAUACAUUAAAGCUUUGAAG